GCCCCGCUCGGAAAGCGCUACCUGUGCCUUGUUCUCCCUCUCCCCGCAGGACGGUCCCGCGCCCUCCGCUGCGAAGAGAAUGGCCGUGACUCUAGAGCAGGCCCGGCGGGGGGGCUAUACCUGUCUGAAAGCACUCCUCAGGUUCGCUUUUAUGGUCGCCAAUAAUCUGGUUGCUAUUCCGUCCUACAUCUUGUAUUUAAUUAUGCUGCAGCCUCUCCGAAUGUUGGAUAGUAAAAGCUUCUGGUAUAUCGAAGGAGUAUUAUUUAAGUGGCUCUUAGCGAUGGUGGCUUCCUGGGGCUGGUGGGCAGGAUAUACAGUAGUGGAAUGGGGUGAUGAUGUUAAAGCAGUGUCAGAAGAUGAAGCCAUGGUGCUGGUGAACCAUCAAGCAACGGGUGAUGUCUGCACUCUGAUGAUGUGCCUUCAGGAUAAAGGCACGGUUGUCCGUCAGAUGAUGUGGCUGAUGGAUCAUAUUUUUAAGUAUACAAACUUUGGCAUUGUGUCUCUAAUCCAUGGAGACUUCUUUAUAAGACAGGGAAGAGCACACCGUGACCAGCAGCUUGUGUUACUCAAGGAGCAUCUAGAAAAAUAUUACAGGAGCCGUAAUCGGAAAUGGAUUGUUUUAUUUCCAGAGGGUGGCUUUCUUAGGAAAAGGAGAGAAACAAGCCAGGCAUUUGCCAAGAAAAACAAUUUGCCAUUUCUUAAACAUGUCACCCUGCCGAGACUUGGGGCAACACAAGUAAUUCUGAAAACGCUUGUAGCGCCACAAGAAAAUGGAACUCCAGCAGGUAGAGACACUGUGAUAAAAGAGAGCAAAUCGAAAGGCCUCCAGUGGGUGAUAGAUACAACCAUUGCGUAUCCCAAAGGUGAACCUAUAGACAUCCAAACUUGGAUUCUUGGCUACCGACAGCCAACAGUUACGCAUGUACACUACAGGAUUUUUCCAGUUAAAGAUGUACCUGUAGAGCCUGAAGCUCUUACACACUGGCUAUAUCAACGAUUCAUUGAAAAGGAGGAUCUCUUGACACAUUUCUACGAAACAGGAGCUUUUCCUCCACUGCAGGGUCAAACAAAAGCUAUUUCUCGGGAGAUGACCCUCAGUAACCUGUGGCUAGUCGGCAUACAAUCACUUGCGUUUUUGUCAGGCGGUAUGUGGUACUGCAUCUUUCAGUAUUUUUAUCAUUGCCUAUUUUAGAAGUGGACCUGAGGACACAGUGGGAAUCCAGGCUCUUGCAAAUGAAUAUGAUGUUGUAUGUGCAAAUGUGAAUAUUCAAGAGUAAAGGAAAAUACUGGACGGACUCUUACCUUUCUUUGGGGAAAUUUUAAACUCCAAAGUGAAGAUCGGUAACCUAGUGACCUGAUGAUGUAUUACUUUAAGAAUUGUCUGUAUUUUUAAAAAUGUAUACUCUCACCCACACUUACGCAAAUUCAGCAUUUGGACAAAAGGUGCAAUCGUACAACCACUGUAGAAGAAUGUCUGUGACAAGAAAGCUCUGUCACCGCAAGUAUUUCUCGGCAUUGUAGUUAGAGCUCAGAAAAUUCAGCAACUUGUCUCUUCAGUAGUCUGUACAGCAUUGGUGUGGUAGAGAUUCCUCAUUUGCACAAAUGUGUACUUCAUGGCAACUCAUUGUGCUGGAGUCAAAGAUACCCAACAGAGCUGGUGGCUGUAUCUUUGCAGCUACGCAGUCAGCAGCUGUUGUAUUAGACACAUUGAUCUAAAACCAAAACCCAAAUAAGAUCCAGCGUCAGGUGUGUUUUGUGAGGACUCGGUCCUCAAAAAAGCAUUGCAGCAUCACAGUGUGAUGAAAAAGCUGUCCACAUUUGAUGAAUCAGCCCACCCCUGCUGUGGUCUUACCAUCGGCUCUCCAAAUUCCAUGUGCUGCCAGUAUCUUGUAUUAUGAGGAAACUUGGAAAACAUAAAGUCACUUGGUUUAUUUUCCCUUUUUGUUCAGAAUGCACCUCAACGGUCAUUAUUGGUUUUCAAAAUGCACUUUUAAAGGUGAAAAUACAGUGAAGGAAAGACAUAAAACUUAGGGAAUAGGGAAAAGCUUUAUUUGUCACGCACUGGAAGCCAGAGCAAUUCUAGCUGUUUCUGAAGGUCUGCUGGUGCUGCUGGUGAUUUUUAGCCACCUUUGUAUUUUGUAUACUGCAGUGCAACCAAGGUGACCUUUGAGUGGUUUAUAGAGGCCUUUUUCUCCCUGCUAGUUGCAACAGCGCUAAAUAUACUUGUGGGAGAGUUUAAAUAAUUCAAUGCCAACCAUCUUAAUGUUUUGCUAAGGAGUAAUAGAAGAAAAACUAGUUUCUUAAAAA